UACAGAAAAAGAUAAAUAAUUAUGCAGGAUGUAGUGGAGAGAGCUUUUAAAGAUUCUUCAAUAUUAAGCUUUGCCUUUUCAGUAUAAGCAAUUUAUUCAACAGACAUUCCCAGCAAUUCAUCUAGUAUGAUUAAAUGACUCCCAGUAAGGUGUUAGUUAAAAUGGCAGAGAAGUUUUUAUUUUGCAGUAAAUUGGCUGAAGCCUAAAAUUUUUAUGUUACUCCUCAUUUUUUUAAGAUGCAUUUCUGCACUUUCUAAUUAAAGUGUUUAUGGCACUUUAAAGUGGUUGAUGGCUGUUUUAGAAGCCUGACAUUUUCCCACAAGUAGCUGACAAAUCUGGGAACUCUUUGCUUCCCUCACCCACAAAAUAAACAGCAAGUCAAACAGUAACGUACUGUAAUUAAGUACUUCAAUAGGAGCUGAAGUACUAUGUCUUACAGAUUAGACAUUUUUUACUUCAACAUGUAUGCAUUGUUAUGUAAGUGUAAGGAGCACCUAAAAAUGAGAGCACAAUACAAGCAGUUAGUUCAAGAUUCCAUGGCCUUUUAUAUGUCAAAAGUUUUAUAAACUGGAACAGAAAGGCCAUGUUUUCACAUCAUUCAAGUCUGCUGCACAGACUAUCAAACACUUGUAUGCUCUUUUACUUUACUGAACAUUGAAUGUGAAACUAAGUGAAAAGACACAAAAAAGUAGUAAAAAAACUAUAUUCUAGAACAAGUAUUCUGGGCCGCAUUUUCAUCUUGCAUACUAGGGUAGAUCUAGAUGCACUUCCUCACAUGUAGAAGAGGUUGAGUUCUUUCAUGCUAGAGUAGUUUAAAGAUCUGUUGAUUGGUUCUCUGGAAAAAAUCUGGAUAAUAUGAGAGAGAAAACAAUGAGGGACUAUUUUCUUUCUUGAAAUAGGCUGGAAUAAUUAAAUGUCACUUGAACUGGGCUUGUAGUUUGUAUCAAACUGAAACAGAAUCUUAAAAUAAAAUGUCACUUUUGACAGUUGAAAAAAUACAUCUCAGAGGUAUACUUUAAAAAAUUACAGAAUCAAUUAGAUUGGAAAAAACCUCUGGGAUCAUUGAGUCCCACCUGUGACCAAACACCACCAUUUAGACCGUGGCACUCAGUGCUUUGUCCAGUCCUUAAACACCUCCAGGGACGGUGAUUCCACCACCUCCCAGUGCAGCCCAUUCCAAUAUCUGGUACCCUUUCUUAAUGCCUAACCUAAACCUGCCCUGGUGCAGAGUAAAGCAAGUCCUGUCACUCAUUCCCUGGGAGAAGAGGUCCAUCCCCACCUGGCUACAACCUCCUGUCAGGGUGUUGUAGAGAGUGAAUCAAAUUUUUUUGGACUAGUAAAAAGAAUUUCAGUAAGGGUGCAGAGACUGAUAGAAGUAAUUGUGCAUGUGUAGAUUGACUCUUAUGGGGUAAGAAUAGUCUCUGUACACGAUGCGUUAGCACUGCAGUAAAACUAGCACCUGAAAGUCUCAUUUACUCCUAAGAUUACACCUCGAAUCUCUACUGUAAAAUCAACCUUGAAUAAUUUCUGCGAAGGAAUGCUGUCUGGGUGCGCAGUGUACAGUAAACAAGCGUACCUCAGUUCUCACGAAUACAGAAGCGUGUGUAUUCCCAGAAAUGGAGCGCAGCAGCGCUCAUGUCCGCUGAUAACGCAAUAAAAGGCGAGCGGCGGCCGUGCUGAGGGAGGAGCGGCGCUGCCGCCGUGCUCGCGGGGCGGAAGCGGCGGGGCGGGCCCGGCCCCUGCUCGGCCCGGGGCUGCAGCUGGGGCGCCGCGGGGCUCGAGUGUGUGCCGGGCAUCGGGCUGGGGCCGCCUCUGCCGGGAAACGCCGCGGGCCCGGCCCGGCCCGGCCCGGCCCCUCCUCGGCCCGGGGCUGCAGCCGGGGCGCCGCGGGGCCCGAGCGUGUGCCCGGCAUCGGGCUGGGGCCGCCCCCGCCGGUCCGACCGGGAAACGCCGCGGGCCCGGACCCGCACCCGCAGUGCUGUGCCUGAAGAAGCAGCGCGGGGUGCAGGAAACUGGAGCUGGGAAGAGACAGGAGAGGAGCUGGGAAUCAUUCUGCUGCUGCCUCUUACUUUCUGCAGACUGAGCGAAGUAGUGCCUUAUCUGGUUUGAAGAUCUAAGAGAGCUUUCUGUUUGUGUAAGGCAUAAAGGAAAAUGGAAGAAGGUGAGACUUUACCAGGGGAAACAGAGAGGGCAAAAGUUGAACCAUGUGCUACUCCUGGCCUGGGCCGGCAGAUAUCAGUCAGUGAGUUCCUGUGCCACUGCUGCUACGACAUUCUGAUCAAUCCCACCACCCUGAACUGUGGGCACAGCUUCUGCAGGCAUUGCUUGGCCUUGUGGUGGGUGUCGUCCAAGAAGAAUGAAUGCCCGGAAUGCAGAGAAAAAUGGGAAGGAUUCCCCAAAGUCAACAUCCUCCUCAGGGAUGUUAUUGAAAAGCUAUUUUCUGAUGCCAUUGAACAAAGAAAAGAAGAUAUUCAGCAGGACAGUGAUGUAGCACGCAGCUUAGCAACUUUCCAGAAGCAUGGGAACGACCAGAUGCCUACAGUUCCAAACACAGGAAGAAUCAAUCCUCGAGGAGGGUUUUUCUCAGGCGUUCUGACAGCUUUAACUUGUGUAGCAGUGGUUCUACUAGGCUAUCACUGGAGUAGCAGAGAAUUUGAAGAUGAUCUUCUUGUCCACAAGCCUGUUGCUAAGUGGACUGCUGAGGAAGUGAUACUGUGGCUGGAGCAGCUAGGCCCGUGGGCUUCACAUUACAAAGAAGGAUUUUUACUGGAGAAAGUGAAUGGAAGACUCCUCCUAACACUGACUGAAGAGGAUUUCACCAAAGAGCCUUACAGUAUAGAGAACAGUAACCACAGGAGAGCUAUUAUAGCAGAACUGGAAUGUGUGAAAACUUUAGGUGUUAAACCACCACAGAACCUUUGGGAAUAUAAGGCCGUAAACCCUGGAAAAUCCCUCUUUCUUCUGUAUGCACUGAAGAGUUCUCCAAGACUCAGUAUGUUAUACCUGUAUUUGUUUGAUUACACAGAAGCUUUCCUACCUUUCAUCCACACAAUUUGUCCUAUGCAAGAAGACAAGUAUGAAGAUACUGUCACAAAACUAGUUGACCUUAAAGAUCCUUCUUGGAGGCAAUGGAGAGAAUUCACUGUAAAGUAUUUAUUUUUGCCAUACCAGCUGAUAGCUGAAUUUGCUUGGGAUUGGCUAGAUGUGCAUUACUGGACUUCAAGAUUUAUAAUUGUAAAUGCCAUGUUGCUUUCUGUUCUGGAAUUAUUCUCCUUUUGGAGGCUGUGGUCAAGAAGAGAAUUGAAGACUAUUCCUCACAGAAUGUGGAGACAUUUCUGGAAAGUCUCAACCCAGGGACUUUUUGUUGCCAUUUUUUGGCCUUUUAUUCCUCAGUUUGUCUGCAAUUGUUUGUUUUACUGGGCCUUGUAUUUUAACCCAGUUAUAAACAUUGAUCUUGUGGUUACAGAAAUAAGGCGUCUGGAGACACAAGUGCAGUGAUUGGCAUUGGAACUCUUGAGCUUUUUAGCUUCUAAAAAUGGACAUUUUGAAUAAACUUUGCUUUUCUUCUUUAUGUAUGUGGCAGUGAAAAUCGUGGAUUAUGUUAUUUUAAACAUAUGAAAAAGCUUUAAGAUAAGUUACUCUUAAACCAGCUGAUUCCAAAUUGGAGGAUGAAGGAAAAAUGAAAUUUCUGUUGGGAAAAAAAAAAGCACAUUGCUGUAUAGCCAUGUAAAACUCAUACAGUCAUCUCACCCUAUGUGUAUCAGAUAAAUUUCUUUAUUCUGUCCUGAGCAUUCUGUGUAUUUUCAAGCCUGCCUUAAAGUCAGUGUCUUCUGCACUGCUACAGUGAUUUUUCUUUUUCUUUUUAAACUUAGCAUUUCAUACCAGCAGUGUGUUUCUCAACUUCAGUUUGCCAAAGGAAUGCCCUUCCUGAUUUGAAAGAACUUCAUUUAUCUCAGUCUCCUUUACAUGUAGCACUGUGACUGCCCUAUACAGUCUCACAGUAGAGCUUGUUCCAAAAUUCCUGCAAUUGAAGGCAAAGGCUACUUGAAUUUUCUUGUGUCUUGGAAAAUGUGAUAAUUACCAUGGAAAUUUUUUAUUCAGCUCAGUUAGACUUCAUCAAAGCUCCUUUCAUUCUCUCUUCUUGAAUUCUGUUGCUAAUUCUUAAAUAUCUCAUAAAAAGGAUUAUUUUGGAAAAGUGACCUGACACUGUAAUUACUUAUGGCAAUAUAAUGUGUGUAUCUAUGUCUGUGAGCAAGUAUUGACUGGAAAGUUAUUUGUGUAAGCAGGAUUGACAUUUGUUAAUGUAUGUUCCUUUGACUGAAUCAAAAGGUAAGAUUUUUUUUCAAGAGCUUUGUCCCCCUGUAGUCUGCAUUGGUUUGGUUUUUUUGUUUAUUUCGUUUGUGUCAGUAAUGUGAACUAAAUUUGCCUAUAAAUAUUUUUCAUGAUUAAAGAUCUCUCUUAAAAUCUUCACUA